UUUGGACAGUUUCCAUCAGUCUGAGUUACAGAUAAACAAAAGACUUUGACCUCAGCCUGUUAAUAUCCAGACGACCCUCAGCCGAUCACUGCUCCGUCUAUCAGAGCGAUCCCAGGGUUGAAAACAUGAGCGCCUUCGUGACUCUCUCCACGGGGCAGAGGAUGCCCGUGGUUGGGCUCGGCACAUGGAAGAGCACUCCAGGACAGGUGAAGCAGUCAGUGCUGGCAGCUUUAGACUGUGGCUACAGACACAUUGACUGUGCUGCUGCAUACAGUAAUGAACAGGAGGUGGGAGAGGCUCUGUCCACCAGGGUCGGCCCUGGGAAGGCUCUCCGUCGUGAGGAGGUGUUUGUAACCUCCAAACUGUGGAACACCAAACACCACCCGGAGGAUGUUGAGGAGGCCUGCAGGACCAGUCUGGCCCACCUGGGUCUCUCAUAUCUGGACUUGUACCUUAUGCACUGGCCCAUGGCAUUUCAGCGAGGGACAGAGUUGAUGCCUCGACGUGAAGAUGGAAGCAUUUGUUACUCUGACACACACUACAGAGAUACGUGGGCGGCCAUGGAGAGCCUGGUGGACAAAGGUCUUGUCAAAGCUAUAGGACUGUCCAACUUCAACGCUAGGCAGACUGAUGACAUCAUCAGCAUCGCCAGACACACACCUGUGGUGAACCAGGUGGAAUGCCAUCCGUAUUUGUGUCAAGCAGAUCUCCUGUCUCACUGUCGGUCAAUGGCAGUCUGUGUGACAGCCUACAGUCCUCUGGGCAGCGGAGACAGACCCUGGGCCUCUCCUGAUGAACCAAGUCUGCUACAGGAUCCUCGACUGGGAGCUAUCGCCCAGAGAUACCAGAAAACACCUGCCCAGCUCAUACUCAGGUGGCACGUUCAGAGGGGUGUCGUGUGUAUCCCUAAAAGUGUGACGCCCUCCAGGAUCCAGCAGAACUUGCAGGUGUUUGACUUUUCCCUGUCAGAAGACGACAUGAAGCUGAUUGAAUCCUUCAAUCGCAACGAGCGCUUCAUCGUCCCAGCAGUCGAGAGGGACGGCAAGAGAGUGUGGAGAGAUGCAGAACAUCCUCAUUUCCCCUUCAAUGAUCCUUACUGAGCCUACACACAAGGAAUUGGGUUUUUAAAGAGGAUUGUCACACACUGAAGAAACCACAUUUCUAAACUGAAUUCAAAUGAUUAAAUGUAUUUUCCUUUUUCUCUUUGGGAUGAAUGUCAUGAAUUGAAUAAUAAUAAUAAUAAGAAAUAUGUUUUUCCAGUCACUUCUCUACUGAGAUUGCAGUGAAGAAAAAAGUGACUUCCACUGCCAGAGUGACACUAUGUGGUCAGUAACUGAACUGCCUCUCUGCACAGUGACAAUAGCUUUAACCACCUGCAUGUUUCACAGAAUUAAGAUUCGUUCAAGGUUAAAUCAUCACUGAACCACUGCAGCAGCAGCAGCACGACUCUCAGAGCUUAAACUUUCAUCAUGUUGCACUUCUGAAAACAACUGAUCAACAAUUAAUUAUCCUUUUAAAACCCUUUCAGUGUCUGGAAGAAUUAAGUGUAGGGCUGUUCCAAAUACCAUUUUUUGGGCUUCGAAGCGUCGGGGACAAAUAUUCAAAGCUAUUAGAAGCUUCGGUACAGUGCCGCUGCCACACUACUGUACAUGCACUUCUACACAAACAGUGAUAUGCGUCUGAGAACAAUUAAUAAUAAUAGUUAAUGUUGAAUAUGAAUAAUGUUAUUCCUUAUUUCAUGGGCUAUUUGGGAAUUUAUACAUUAUUAUUACAUACUUCUAUAUAUUUAAAAAAAAAAACGAAGCAUUAAAAUACUGAUUUGGAGCUCGAUUACCAUGGCAACGGUCGAAGCAUUCGGGUCAGCCCUAAUUAAGUGUAUAAUUAUUGUGAAAACCCAUUCACCCACUCCAUGUUUCUCGUGUGUCUAUACUGUAAAACUAUAAAAUAAAUAUCCUUAGAAAAAUUACAUGACAAACACAAAUGUAGACCAUUACUAUGUCUGCAACACAAAGAGUACAGAUAUCCUGAAUCAGACAGAAUGUACAUGAACUCUGUAUCAAUAAAGAAGUUUCAAACGGACACUAAUAACACUUCCAUUUUGUGAGAUUUUAUUUUCAACAACAUAACCUUGACAAAUUUGUAAUACAUUAUAUGCUACGGUUUAUUUAAAAAAAAAAAAGAGGAAGUCAUAAGCAAUAUGUUUUUUUCUUUUCUUUCUUAUAGUCUA